AUGAGCGAAAUCACAUUGGGACGUUACCUCUUCGAGAGACUCAAACAAGUUGAGGUCAACACCGUUUUCGGUCUUCCAGGUGACUUCAACCUUUGUCUCUUGGAUAAGCUCUACGAAGUUGACGGCAUGAGAUGGGCUGGUAACGCCAACGAGUUGAACGCCGCCUACGCCGCUGAUGGUUACUCCAGAAUUAAGAAGCUUGCUGCUAUCAUCACCACUUUCGGUGUCGGUGAGUUGUCUGCCUUGAACGGUAUCGCCGGUUCUUACUCUGAGCACGUUGGUUUGCUCCACAUUGUUGGUGUCCCAUCUAUCUCAUCCCAGGCUAAGCAAUUGCUUUUGCAUCACACUUUGGGUAACGGUGACUUCACAGUCUUCCACAGAAUGUCAUCAAACAUUUCCCAAACAACCGCUUUCAUCAAGGACAUCAACUCUGCUGCCGCUGAAAUCGACCGUUGUAUCAGAACCGCUUACGUCUACCAAAGACCAGUCUACCUUGCCCUUCCAGCUAACUUGGUUGACGAUUUGGUUCCAGCCUCCCUUUUGAGCACACCAAUUGAUUUGUCUUUGAAGCCAAACGACCCAGAAGCUGAGGAUGAGGUUAUCCAAACCGUUUGUGAGAUGGUUCAAAAGGCUAAGAACCCAGUCAUCUUGGUCGAUGCCUGUGCCUCUCGUCACGAUGUCAAGAAGGAGACAAAGGAUUUGAUUGAUGCUACUCAAUUCCCAGCCUUUGUCACACCUAUGGGUAAGGGUGGUGUCGAUGAGCAACACCCAAGAUUCGGUGGUGUUUACGUCGGUACUUUGUCUAAGCCAGAUGUCAAGGAGGCUGUUGAGUCUGCUGACUUGGUUUUGUCUGUCGGUGCCAUCUUGUCCGAUUUCAACACCGGUUCUUUCUCUUACUCCUACAAGACCAACAACAUUGUUGAAUUCCACUCUGAUUACAUCAAGAUCAAGAACGCCACCUUCCCAGGUGUCCAAUUCAAGUUUGUCUUGCAAAAGCUUGCCAAGGCCAUUAAGCCAUUUGUCAAGGACUACACACCAGUUCCAGUUCCAACUUUGAAGUUGAUCAACUCUCCACACUCUCCACAAACCCCAUUGACUCAAGAAUGGGUCUGGACCAAGUUGUCCUCAUGGUUGCGUGAAGGUGAUGUUGUCAUCACUGAAACCGGUACCUCUGCCUUCGGUAUCGUCCAAACCAGAUUCCCAAACAACACCACUGGUAUCUCCCAAGUCUUGUGGGGUUCUAUUGGUUACUCUGUUGGUGCUGCUUUGGGUGCCGUUGCAGCUGCUGAGGAAGUUGACAAGGAGAAGAGAGUUAUCUUGUUCGUCGGUGAUGGUUCCUUGCAAUUGACCGUCCAAGAGAUCUCUACUAUGAUCAGAUGGGGUUUGACUCCAUACAUCUUUGUCUUGAACAACGAUGGUUACACCAUUGAGAGAUUGAUCCACGGUGAAAAGGCUGGUUACAACGAUAUCCAGAACUGGGACCACUUGGCUCUCUUGCCAACCUUCGGUGCUAAGGUGUACGACAGCAUCAGAGUCUCCACUACAGGUGAGUUUGAGCAAUUGACUCAAAGUGCUGAGUUUGCCAAGAACUCCAAGAUUAGAUUGAUUGAGAUCAUGUUGCCAACUAUGGAUGCUCCAUUGAACUUGGUCAAGCAAGCCCAAUUGACUGCCAACACCAACAAGCAGCAGUAA